GACUGGGCAGCGAAUUACUGGGCACUAAAGGGUAUGCCUCGACGGAAAAUCAUUAUCGGUAUACCAACGUACGGCAGAGGGUGGACACUGAAUUCAACGAAGCCCUCAUCAUGUCAUAUCGGAUUGUAUGCUGCUUCCCCAUCGAAUGCGACCAAGUUUGUUGUGGAAUCCGGUGUUGCCGCAUACUAUGAAAUAUGUGAAAUGCUCACCAAAGGAGCCAAGAGAUGCUGGGAUGCGGAAGGCGCAGUUCCCUAUCUGGUUUAUGAAAAUCAGUGGUUCACUUAUGAUGAUGUAGAAUCGAUCCAACGAAAGGUCUGUUUCGAUUCACUGCAAUUGAUCGCCGGACAACAUUUUUGA